AUGCCUGCGGUUCAGCGCAACGGGCGCACGAUUUCUCCAGAAAAGAAACAGGAGUCAUCGAACGAAAAUAUUCCUUCCACAAUGACUGUCACACAAGGUGAACAGCGGCCGUCUCCUUACCUUUUACUCAUUUACCCGGUCCUCCUCGCUCUCGGGUCUCUCUGGGCGGUGAUUUCUCCGGUGGCGGCCCCUCCGCCAAACGCACCUCUGGCUCCAGGCGUCGCGUCGGACCUCAAUGUUCACCACUUCCACCAAACAAACUAUUUUGCUGGGAAACGCAACCUGAUAAACAUCUACUUUGUCAAGAUGGGCUGGUUCUGGACCACAGUAGCCUUCGUCCUGCUGCAGAGUACCACUCGGCCCCGCGCUUCGAUCGCACAGAAACACUACCUCCAAGCAGCAUUGCGGUAUGCUCUGGUCACAUUUUCGUGGAUUCUCACAACACAGUGGUGUUUCGGCCCUGCCCUCAUCGACCGCAGUUUCACCAUCACCGGCGGCCAGUGUGCGCCACAUCAGUUCAACGAAGCUAGCCUUACGGAUGUAGUUAAGCUGUCCCAGAUCAACUCAGGCAUCCUAUGUAAGGCUUCUGGUGGGAAGUGGCAUGGCGGCCACGACAUUUCAGGACAUGUGUUCAUACUCGUGCUUUCGUCCGCCUUCCUCCUCUACGAACUGUACAUUGCCGACCGCCACUCGACUCAUCCCCAUGUUUCUCCUCAGGCCGCGGCUGCCGUGGCGCAUAACAUGACAGACGAAGAACGCAAGGCGGUGGGAGGAUGGGAGUCGGAAAGAAUUGCCAAGAUUCGAAUCUGGUCACGAUAUUUCCUCUACGGCGUGGUAAGUCUGGACCUGUGGAUGCUCAUGAUGACGGCGAUCUGGUUCCACACGUGGUUGGAGAAGUUGAGUGGGUUGUUGAUUGCCGGGUCGACGAUAUGGAGUGUCUUUUUCCUGGGCGAUUUCCUACCGCAAUGGAGGAGUAUUGUUGGUGCUUUAUGA